AGGAAGGUGUUCUUUAUGCUUCCAGUUUGUAUCCUGAUUUGUUGGAGUUCUCCAGAAAAUGGAAGAAGAAAGGAAAUCAAGAAGCACAGAUACUCCAGUGUUCAGCAGUUACAGCAAUUCCAUUUACUGAGUCCUCCUGCCAGACGUGUGCAUACCCAUCUCUGGAAGCCCUCCUAUUGGGAAAUUCACACAAACGAAAAGGAAGUAACUGAGAAGGAAGUCACUCUUCACUUGUUGCCAGGUGAACAGCUGCUUUGUGAAGCCAGCACAGUCCUGAAGUAUGUGCAGGAAGAUUCCUGUCAGCGCGGCGUCUAUGGGAGACUCGUCUGCACAGACUUUAAGAUUGCCUUUUUGAGCGACGAUGACUGUGCCCUGGAUAAUGGUGAAUCUCAGUUUAAGAAUAAGGUUAUAGGAGAAAAUGACAUUACCCUCCACUGUGUUGAUCAGAUUUAUGGAGUGUUCGAUGAGAAAAAAAAAGCUCUCUUUGGACAACUGAAGAAAUACCCUGAGAAACUCAUCAUCCACUGCAAAGAUCUCCGAGUGUUCCACUUUUGCCUGAGGUACACAAAAGAAGAGGAAGUCAAAAGGAUUGUCAGCGGGAUCAUUCAUCAUACCCAGGCUCCUAAGCUACUUAAAAGGUUAUUUCUGUUUUCCUAUGCAACUGCCGCACAAAACAGCACAGCCACUGAUCCCAAGAACCAUACAGUAAUGUUUGACACACUUAAGGACUGGUGUUGGGAAUUGGAGCGGACCAAAGGCAAUGUGAAGUACAAAGCAGUGAGUGUCAAUGAAGGCUACAGAAUCUGUGAGAGGUUGCCAGCAUUCUUCGUCGUUCCCACCCCUCUUCUGGAAGAGGAUGUGCUGCGCUUUCAGGGUCAUGGCAUACCAAUAUGGUGUUGGUCAUGCCACAACGGAAGUGCCCUUUUGAAAAUGUCAGCACUGCCCAAAGAACAAGAUGACAGCAUUUUGCAGAUGCAGAAGAGUUUCUUGGAUGGAAUUUACAAGACCAUCCACAGGCCACCUUAUGAAAUUGUUAGAACUGAAGACUUAUCAAGCAACUUCCUCUCCCUGCAGGAAAUCCAGACUGCAUACUCUAAAUUUAAACAGCUGUUUCUGAUAGAUAACAGUACUGAAUUUUGGGACACAGAUAUCAAGUGGUUUUCUCUCUUGGAAAGUAGCAGCUGGCUUGACAUAAUCAGACGUUGUCUGAAAAGAGCAAUAGAGAUCACAGAAUACAUGGAAGCACAAAAUAUGAACAUUCUUCUUUUAGAGGAGAACGCCUCCGACCUCUGCUGCCUCCUUUCUUCUCUGGUGCAAGUGAUGAUGGACCCCCACUGUCGGACCCGGACUGGUUUCCAGAGCCUUGUCCAAAAGGAGUGGGUCAUGGGAGGCCACUGUUUCUUGGAUCGUUGCAACCAUCUCCGCCAGAGCGACAGAGAGGAGGUUCCUGUGUUCCUGCUUUUCUUAGAUUGUGUCUGGCAGCUGGUACACCAGCAUCCUCCAGCGUUUGAGUUCACCGAGACUUACCUGACUGUUUUGUCAGAUAGCCUAUAUAUUCCUAUUUUUAGUACCUUCUUCUUCAACUCACCUCAUCAAAAAGAUACUAACAUGGGUAGGGAAAGCCUGGAUACACAAAGCAAGCCUUUGAAUCUGCUUACCGUGUGGGAUUGGUCUGUACAGUUUGAACCGAAAGCACAGACACUGCUCAGAAACCCUCUCUAUGUGGAAAAGCCAAAACUGGACAAAGGCCAGCGGAAAGGAAUGCGUUUCAAACAUCAACGACAACUUUCUUUGCCACUCACCCAGUCUAAGUCAUCUCCCAAAAGAGGAUUUUUCAGGGAAGAGACAGAUCAUUUAAUUAAAAACCUGGGCAAGAGAAUUAGCAAACUUAUUAACUCUUCGGAUGAGCUACAGGACAACUUCCGGGAGUUUUAUGACAGUUGGCACAGCAAGCCUACUGACUACCACGGCUUGUUGUUGCCUCAUAUAGAGGGACCAGAAAUCAAAGUUUGGGCACAGCGCUACUUGCGUUGGAUUCCAGAAGCCCAAAUCGUAGGUGGUGGCAGAGUGGCCACUAUGGGCAAACUCUUGGAAAUGAUGGAGGAAGUCCAGAGCUUACAAGAGAAAAUCGACGAGCGGCACCUCAGCCCUGUGUCCCUCCAGGCCGAGGCACCCUGCCUGCUGAGGAACUCUGUCCGCCUGUCCUCGCUGUUUCCCUUUGCUUUGCUCCAGCGACACUCGUCCAAGCCUGUCUUGCCCACCAGCGGUUGGAAAGCUUUGGGAGAUGAUGAAGAUCUGGCCAAACGAGAAGACGAGUUUGUGGACCUAGGGGAUGUGUGACUUGAGUGUUUGGUGACUGUGGAGAGGUGUGUGGGAGGUUGGGACCAUUGGUCCUUGGGCCUAGUGGCUUGCUAAUGCCAGGAGGGUCCUAGCCCAGCCUCUGCUGGAGAAAACCAAGGCCUUGAAGAAAAGAGCUGGUUCUCAUUUUUUUCAUGGUUCUGAAAGACUAUGCAAUUAAAACCGUAUCUCAAGUAUUAUCAGUUGGAAGGAAUUCCUACUUGACCCAUCAUAGGAUUGUGGCUGUUUUCUGAUGCCUAAGUAUUAGAAUCUCCAGUGGCCAGUUUACUACUAGAAAGAGCUUCAGUUUGAUAUUCUUGGAUUUGCUUCUUUCUUCUGGUCCUUUCUGUGCCAAGAUAAUUCAUCCCACCAUUGGGAAUCAUAAGUUGAUGGCCCAUUUCAGUUAGGAGCAAGGUCAGCCUUAUGUGGUGUUUGUGUGCAGUGAAAGACUGAGAUAGAGGUACUAAGGUGGAUGGCAUUUACUUAAACCACAGCAUUUUUCCUUUCUUGUUCCCCUUGUCUGUAGAAAAGCUGGAAAGUUCCACUGUUGCCACAUACCCUAACACUCAGCCUCUCCUUCCUCCUUCCUGGUCUGUGUCAUAUGUCAAAUGUUGGGCCAGCCGCCACCCACUCCUCCCCGUGCUGACAGCUGUGAGUCUUUUCUCAGCACUGUCCCUCCGCACUGCCUGCCUUGGAGCACAUAGUCCCAGUGUUUUGCUGCUGAACCUGCUGGUGAGACUGGGGGAAUCUCGUGUUUUGGCCAGAGGAUCUUCCUGGCCUCUGGAGUUUCCCAGUCUUUGAACACCUUGCUGAGCUGCCUUCCACUUCCCCCAAGGCUUUGGAGACCCUGAGAGCAUGCUUGUCUGGUGUAGUUCCUCGGCUGCUUCCCAGCUACCUGCUUGCCUCGCCUGCUCUGGUCCUGCACAGACUGCUGGGGUCAACCUCUUGCAAAUGUGGCUUGCAUGGGAAAGCAGCUAAACAUCAAUGCCAGAAGUGAUGAUUCUCACAGGAUACCUCAGUGAUUUAAGAAGCCAUAGAAAAAACUCAGUGAUGCCUGGUCGUCUCCUUGGAUCUACUGUCUAAAGUUAUAUAUAUAUUUUAAUGUAGGAAAAUAUACUUUAUAAGGACCAGUUUUUUCAUUCUCAUGGAACUCUUUCAAAUCCCACAAAAGAAAGGGAAAAAAAACCCCUUACAUUAGAACCUUUCAGAUUGAAAGUUUGCCUUUUAUAUAUUUGCUCUUCAGAAUAGAUCUCAAUUUGAACGUUAGUUGUUUAGAAAUACCUGCUGGAAGGCAAUAGGAGAAUUUGAAGCUGUUGACAAAGGAGUUUCCAAUUUGCACUGAGUCGCCUUUGUACAUACAAUCAUUUUUCUCUGCUCCAUCUCGUCUUAAUGCGCAAGCCAGGCGGUCAGUUAAGAUAACAGGCUGAGGGGAGGGCAGGAUUUGUGUCUCUGGGGACCACACAAACACCUCAGUCUUUGUUGCCUUAAGAGUCUUAGGAGUGAGGUGAGCAUUAGGCUUGCAAUAGGCAUUUUAAAAAGUACAUAGAGAAUUUAAUACAGGGAAGGGAGUUUCUCUUCAUGUGUAUGUUCUGUGGGCCUUCUUAAACUAGCACUAAUCUCCACUUCUCUGCCAUUUCCUUCCAAAUACACUAUGAGCUUACUAUUUUGUUACCUUGUUAUAACAUGAAUAUUUGUGUGGUAGCCUCUUCAAUCUUAGUACUUUUCAUUCCCCAAAUGCCUGGCGUGAUGCUUUAUACUCUAUAAAAUAUGGUUUAAAGGCACAAGGCCAUGGCCCUUAUCAUAGCAGUUGAAUGUGCAUUGAAGUAUUUUUCUAUGAUUUUUUUAAAAAGUUACUAUAGCAAAAUAAGCAAGCUUAUAACAUGUAAGGUCAUGACAAUUUAUGUAUUUAUAUUUGAAAUCAGAUUUCUAUAGCUUGUAUUUGUGUACAGAAUUAUUAGUAGGUUUAUAUAUUGUGAAAUUUUUAUUCAAGAUUCAGAUGUGGGUUAUGCUUAAUAGUAAAAGCUGAAAUGAGACGAUUUACUUUAAAAUGCUGCACUGUGCAAGUUUGGAAAUGUACAUGAAUAAUUUACUGUAUAUAAUAUCUUGACUUUGUUUAUACCUCCAGGUUUUUACACUGAAGAUAAACUAGCUUUAAUUAAAUUCAGAUUUUUCUGUUUUUUUUUUAAGGAAUAAGCUGUUGGGCUAUAUCUGUAUAAAUGUGCUUUUUAUCUUCUGGAUGCACAAAAAAGUUUAUACCUGUAUUCUCACUGCAUCGUAUCUGAGUGCAGAAAUUAAAGCACAAUUUACAACUA